GACAUCCUUAGAUUUAAAGCUACACUCUUUUGGAGCAAAUGAACCAGAUUUAAAAGUCAUGUCAUGUCCAUUAAAAAAGUGGAAGGUAUUUACUCUACAGUGUUUGCCCAUUCAUUUGGAGGCUGUUUGUGACUUUCCUCUGUGUAAUUAGUUGUAUGAGGUACUCAAUUACAUUUGGAAGGAAGCUCAGAAGGGCUACAUUCUGCACCUGGUAUAUGACCAUAGGGCUUGAUAUAAUUUAUUGGACAAUGUGAUCUUGAGAUUACAGUAAUCCAAUCCAAGUUUAGAUGCGACAGAUAUUAAAUUUUGGAAAUGUUUUGGCUGCAAUUACAUCAGUUUUAUAGCACUGUUUUUGAAUGUCUUCAUGUUUUAUCUUACAGGACAGACGACUCAGAGAGGAGCCUUCAGUCAAAAUGGCUGAGCGCUACGACUGUACAGAGUGUAAGGAGACCUUGUUUGGGACAAAGUACAUCCUACAGGAUGACAAUCCGUACUGCAUUAAGUGCUACGAGACACUUUUCUCCAACAUCUGCGAAGUGUGCCAGUUACAGAUUAGCUGCACCAGCAAGGAUCUGUCCUACAAUGACCGCCACUGGCACAGCGAGUGCUUCCUCUGCUGUAAGUGCAACCGAUCUCUGGUGGAACGGCCUUUUGCCACCAAGGAUGACAUGGUAAUGUGCAUCGAGUGCUACAGCAACGAGUACUCUGCCAAGUGCCAUUCAUGCUUGAAGACCAUCAUGCCAGGCUCUAAAAAGAUGGAGCAUAAGGCCAACAGUUGGCAUGAGAAUUGUUUCACCUGCAACCGUUGCCAGCAGCCCAUCGGCACCAGGAGCUUUGUGCAGAAGGACACCAACAACUACUGCCUGCCCUGCUAUGAGAAGCAGUUUGCCCAGCAGUGCUUCCAAUGCAAGAAGCCCAUCACCACUGGAGGAGUGAUCUACCACGACCAGCCCUGGCAUAAGGAGUGCUUCGUUUGCAUCGCAUGCAAGCAGCAGCUUGCGGGCCAACGGUUCACCUCUCGGGAUGACUUCGCCUACUGCCUUAACUGCUUCUGCAACCUGUUUGCCAAGAAAUGUGCUUACUGCACCACCCCAAUUAGCGGUCUCGGGGGCAGCAAGUACAUCUCGUUUGAGCAGCGCCAGUGGCACAACGACUGCUUCAACUGCAAAAAGUGCCACGAGUCUCUGGUCGGUCGAGGUUUCCUGACGUGCAAAGAUGACGUCCUCUGCCCCAACUGCGGCAAAGACUUCUGAGUGAUCUUCAAGCUGGAAAAUAGUCAAAGAGCACUAGCAUUCUCCUAACCUGACCUUUGUUGCGCGUUUUGUAUCAUGUAUUGGCUUCAUAAACAUUAACCUUUUCUCACUGCUGAGGUCUGCAUGAUGAAAGUCUGUGUGUGGCAUCAAAAUAACCUUUUUAAUAGAUAUUUUAGAGCAUAAGUAAAGUUGUUUUAAUAGGUGGCACUGUGAUGGCAAUUGUUCUUAACAGAGUUAAUAUAAUACUACUGAUGCUGUUUAUUCUAAUUAGAUAAAUUAUGUUUUAAUGAAAUCUGUCAAGCAUAAUAAAGAUUUUUUGAAUUUGA